CCAGUCGGCCGCGGUCUGCGCAGCGAGUCGGACGUGUUCCCCGUGUCGGUGUUGAUAGUCCGCGAGCGCGGGGGCGGCUGGACCGGUCGCACGACCCGCCGACCUUACGUACCGUUCACUCACGCACCUCUCGUGCUAAAACUAAGUGCAUCAAAAAAUACACACACCAAAGGAUUGUUUCACAUCGCCCGUUUUGGAUAGAUGCAUCUGAUUUUCAACUUUGGAAACUGCAUUCGAGACAUCUUGAGACAUGUUGGCAAAGAAGGCCAUUCCGCGUGGCGGGCGCGGGCCCCAGCAUGCCGCCGAUGCGUGCAGGUAGCAUGGAGCCGCUGCCGCCCGCGCACACGCCCAUCUACGAACACAAGAAGCACCGCCUGUCCCGCCUCCUCGAUAAGCUGGCCGUGCAGCUCAACAACAAUAACAACUACCCCACGCCCUCCUGGCUCGUCCACGACACGCCGCAGACCGACGAAGCCCCCUUAGACCUCAGCGUGAAGUCGCCUCGUGAGACCACAGGUAAUUUCACGUGCCACGCGUGCGGCCAGGAGUUCUCUAUCUACGACCGGCUGGUGAAGCACAUCGCGUCCCGGCACCGCAGCAAGCCGGAGGGCGUGCGCGCCUACGAGUGCGAGGUAUGCUUCCGCAAGUUCGCCCGGUCGGACAUGCUGACCCGGCACGCGCGCCUGCACAGCGGCGUCAAGCCCUACUCGUGCGCCUCGUGCGGACAGGUGUUCUCGCGCUCCGACCACUUGGCCACGCACCAGCGCACGCACACGGGAGAGAAGCCCUACCGCUGCCCGUCGUGCCCGUACGCCGCGUGCCGCCGCGACAUGAUCACGCGUCACAUGCGCACGCAUCUGCGACGUCCGCAGCCCGCCUGAAUCCAACACACAACCCUGAAUUUAACACAUUAUUUGAGACUGAUUUUUUCAUUCCAAAGUUAAACUAUUGUUUUAAUUGGUGUUUUGUUAUUAAGCCCGCCAGACGUGAGUUGAUUCGGUAAGACAUAUCUCAUUGCUGCGCAGAGUUGAGUCGACUGCGAUUGUGUGUUGCCAGUUUGCGAUUUUGUUGUUAUAUGCCGCAGCGAUGUCAAAUGAAUCUGCUAAGCGCAAUGCGAUGUGUCGAUCCUUAUAUCUUUGUAAUGUAUCUCGCAUUCUUGUUAUUUAGUUUUGUUUCCAAGUACGGAGAUGAUUGGAAAGUCUAUGUGUUUCACUAUCCUUUUGUAAAAUAUAUUUAAAUUUUAGUUCUGUGCCAUUGAAAUAUCGCUUUGUAAUAUUGCGUUGUUAAUAUUUAUCGUUUAGAUUAAAUCUUGUUACGCAGAGUGUCGAAUUAAAAUGAAAAGGGAAAAAAAACAAAAAGGUGACUCUUCACGUCUUUUUGGAAAGAUAUUAUUGCAACAUUUUGUUUUUAAUUCGUUAAAAAAAACCUCUUACAAAUAGUUGUAAGACGUGUCCUAGUUUUUCCAUAAACAUUUUUCUAUUAUUAAGCUUCUGCUAUACUGAGUUAAAGUUUCAUCUUAGUUCUAAGAUUGUUAUAGACGUCUCGUUCUGAUUAGUGUUAAAUUAUAAAGUAAUUUAAAUAUAAACAUAUUUAAAUUUCAGACUGUAGGUAUUUUAAGGGCCCAGUGAAAAGGUAAAUAAUUUUUGAUUAGUUUUUAGCCACGUAAUAGGCACCUUCCGUAAUGUCAAUUAUUGUGAAAAUCAUAUCCUGCCUGAAUGUUUUCCUACAUAUCUCCGUUAUAAUAUUAGAUAGUAGAAUGUAUGUACUUACUUACAAUUUUUGGAAAAAUAUACAAUACCUACCCUAAGUAUUUGAAAAUUUAAGAAUUUCAUUUUGUAAAACACUUAUCUACAUAAUACCAUUAAUUCAAAGUGAUUCGUAAUAAGAGUUGUAAAUGUUUAUAAAAUAGUUAAGCAGCCAUUUUGAAUUUCAAACGUACGUUACAUCGAUGUUGCCAUUUCUAAAAUGUCAUAUGAAUCAAAAUUAUUGAUAAGGUUUUGCUUUUUUAUUUUGUGUAAAUAGCUUUCGUGUAUUUAAUACACGUAGGAAUAAGUAGAUAUUUAAGUAUUUAAUUUUCAUAAUGGUGUAAUUUGUCUAAGUUAGGUAAUUUCAACGUACCUACUUAUUUUAUUGUAUUAUGACUUGUUGCUUGGUUAAUCCUAUGCAAUGCGAGAACCCUUGUUCUAAUAGGUAUUUAAUAUUUUACUUAUCAUUCAAGACAUUAAUUCAAUUAAUUAUUUUUUCCGUAUGCUCUCUUUCGAAUUCCCAUCGAUCAAAUUAUUAUCUUUAUUUUUCUCUUAUUUCAUGACAUUAAGUAUUAUUUAUCUAUAGGUAUAUUUUAAUGUUUAAUUUCCUAUUUUAUUUUGUGUUCUUUAUUUAUUUCGUGCUUAUAAGUGCUAGUCACUUCUGCUACUUCACUUGACUACUUUUCUAAUUUACAUAAUAGUAUAUAAGAUAUUUAUAAGAAAAUUCUUCAAAAGAGAUGUGAUUCUCGAAGUUCAAAAGUACAAAAAAGGCAAUUUUUAAAUAGUAGUAGGUAUUUUUACAGGUUUGGUACUUACCUAGUGUAUUCUUCGCCCUCCAUAGACUAAGCUAUAGAU